AUGCGGCUUCUGCACGCACGCACAUUGGAGCUGAAGACGUUCGUCGACAACAUCCCACCAUAUGCCAUCCUUUCGCACUGCUGGGAGGAUGAAGAAGUCGUCUUUUCUGAUAUCACCAAUAUCAAACAAGCGAAGAAGAAGAGGGGGUUUGCGAAAAUCGAAAAGACCUGUGAAAUUGCUGUUGCAGAUGGGUUGGAAUAUGCUUGGGUCGAUACGUGCUGCAUCGACAAGAGUAGCAGCGCUGAGCUUUCAGAAGCUAUCAACAGCAUGUUUGCGUGGUAUAGAGACUCGGACCAGUGCUAUGCGUAUCUCUCCGACGUCGAGUUCAAGGGUGCAUUCGGGGAAGGUCAAUCGGCAAGGUAUCGCAUCGCCUUUUCGCGCAGCAGAUGGUUUGAACGUGCUUGGACGUUGCAAGAGCUACUGGCUCCUAGGAACUUCCAUGCUGAUGGGGACCACAACUUUUACAACCCUUUCAUUACCAAUCAAAUUCCAUCUGGUAGAUACGAUGGUAUGAAGUUCUAUUCGCGCGACUGGCAACUUCUUGGACUCAAGGUCAACCUUGGCAAACAAAUAUCAAAGAUCACUGGCAUCCCCAUGGAGUAUCUCAACGGUCAGAGCUUGGAAGGCGACAAGAUCUGA